GAUAUUCUGGGAUAUCACUGCUAUCACACUGCUUGGGAAACAUUUUUCUUUGACGUGUUUCAAAAGGAAAUCUGAGAGAGAAUUUUGCAAACACUUAAUGGUGAAGGGGAAACAUUGCUCGGGUAAAUGGGGAUGAUAUUUCCUUGGUGCUCCAGCUCUCCGUAAAGCGCUUGAUAAUAAUGGUCUUGGUGUGUCGCCGUUUUACUUUGGUGGAUCCAGUUUCCUUUCCAUCUCAGCACAGCCGGAGCUGAUAGAGCGGGAUCUGGUAGGCCUUCUGGCACAAACCUCUCAGAGGAUCAUCUUCAAGGGAUCUUCUUUGGAGUUGUACUGUUCAUGGCACGGAUCUACUUUCUUGCUGCCUCACUGAAAUUGCAUGGCCUAAACGAAUGAAUAUUUUUAUGAGGCGCCUUGCACCAGAGAUGGGCCAGGACCAAACCAAGCAGCAGAUAGAAAAAGGUCUAAGGUUGUAUCAGUCCAAUCAGACAGACAAAGCUCUGCAUGUGUGGACAAAAGUGUUGGAAAAGACCUCGGAUCCCGGAGGAAAGUUUCGGGUGCUGGGGUGCCUGAUCACAGCUCACUCAGAAAUGGGAAAAUACAAAGAUAUGCUCAAGUACGCCCUUGAACAAAUUGACACAGCCAGAGAAAUGGAGGACCCAGACUACCUGACAGAGGGCUACCUGAAUUUGGCACGCAGCAACGAAAAGCUGUGCGACUUCCAGAAAACAGUGUCCUACUGUAAGACCUGCUUAAACAUGCAGGGUACCACUGUCAGCCUGCAACUCAAUGGCCAGGUAUGUCUUAGCAUGGGCAACGCCUUCCUGGGUCUCAGUGUCUUCCAGAAGGCCCUGGAGAGCUACGAGAAGGCCCUGCGCUAUGCACACAACAACGAUGACAAGAUGCUGGAGUGCAGAGUCUGCUGCAGUCUGGGAAACAUCUAUGUCCAGCUUAAGGACUUUGAGAAAGCCCUGUUCUUCCCCUGCAAAGCGGCCGAGCUUGUCAAUGACUACGGCAAAGGUUGGAGCCUCAAGUAUCGAGCCAUGAGCCAGUACCACAUGUCUGUAGCCUACAGGAAACUGGAGCGCCUGCAAGAUGCCAUGGAGUGCUGUGAGGAAUCCAUGAAGAUUGCUCUGCAGCAUGGUGAUCGGCCUCUUCAGGCUCUGUGCUUGCUAAACUUUGCAGACAUUCAUCGCUGCAGACACGAUGUUGAUAAAGCAUUCCCUCGUUAUGAGUCUGCACUGGGUAUUAUGACUGAGAUUGGAAACCGUCUUGGACAAGCACACGUCCAUCUGGGAGUCGCAAAGAGUUUUCUUCUGCAGAAAGAAUUCGAUAAGGCUCUUGAUUCUCUGCAGCGAGCACAGGAAUUGGCAGAUGGAAUGGGAAACAAGCUGUGCACACUGAAGGUUCACUGCCUGAGCGAAGGGAUUUACCGGAGCCAGGGGCAGCUGAACGAGGUCAGAGAGCAGGUGGUGAAGUUCCUCCAGUGUGUCGAGGAGCUAGAGCUCUACUGUGGCAUGUGUGGAGAGUCCAUCGGGGACAGGGACCAAAAGCUGCAGGCCUUACCCUGUUCCCACAUUUUCCAUCUCAAGUGUCUGCAGACAAAUGGGACAAAGGGUUGUCCCAAAUGUUUCAAGUCCUCCAUGAAGCCGGGAUUUGUGUGAUUGUGAGACUGCGUUUGUGCGUCGGAUCUGCAGACACAGCGUGGUGCCUCACAGGCUCCUGACUGAUCUGAGAGAAGCAGGCAGCCUCAGGAUGUGCUGAGGAGUAAUUUCACUGCUCUGUGCAGAGGAUGCUGAAGUGAACCCAGAGGGUCAUAGAGUUUGGCUCAGAAGACACGAUCGAGGCAUCCGUCUUAUUUAGACAUCAGUCUGAAGCUGACAGAGGAAGUAUAACUGACACAGUGUUACAAUUCAUGAUAAGCUGAAGAGCCUACGUCGUCUCAGAUGACCGGCCAUUUGUUGCAGCAUUUAAACAGGAGAUGGACCGUCAAAAGAACAUUUGCAGCUUAGUGCGUUUGUUAUUUUACACGCUGGACUUGUUUAGUAAAAAGUGGGAUGAAACGACGUCUCCCCAGACACGGCUUGUUGUUCAGCUUCACUACUGACUUUUUACAGCGCAACACAUUGUUCUUUACUCAACGGUCGAGCCUUAUUUAUUAUUGUAUCCAUGUACAUACUAUUCUCGUGUUCAUUUGUUUUAAAAGUUUGAUUUAUUUGACGUGUUUUGUAAAUCCUGAAACUAACUAAGAUCUCUUAACCAUUCAAAAACUAGUAUGUCUUUACGAAACAGGUACAUGCAGCUGUUUUCUUUUGUCCUUAUUCACAGAGAUCAAGGAGCCAGCCAGAUACCUUUUCCUUUCAUUUUUGGGAAUGUUUUACAUUCAUUGAUUCAAAAGUCAUUGAGAGAAAAACCUGCUUGGAAAGGAUCUUUGACCAAUCACACACUUACACACAGUUAUUCGGGGCAAAUGCAUUCAGUAUAUUUUAAUCUAAUGUAUUUGUAAUAUGGCUGAAAUGGUAAAAUCUCUGUGGUUAUAUUAAGAUAAUUUACUUGCAAAGGUAUUGAGUAGAGCAGCUGAGAUAUCAUAUCAGUGAGUGGUUGCAUGUUUUUUUAUUUACGAUGCUGACACAUCAAAAUAUGCAUCCAUGUAACUGCCUAUGUACCUAUUUCUUUACUUUUUUCUUAUUUAGUGGUUUUUCUUAUUCAUAUUCCCUAAAAAUCAUUUCUAAGGAAUGAUAUGGAAAAAGCUGUCAUGGCUUGGUGUUUUUCGUAUACAGUAGUAUUUUUUUUUCUCAAAAACUGAUGCUCCUUUUACUAAAUUUCCUACUUCAUACUUUAGAGCCCUCUCUCUGUACGGUGUUUAAGUAUGUUGACAGAGAAGGGUGAGAGCGACACAUUAACAGAACUUUUACUGCACAAGCACUUAUAUUUCUGACUAUAAGAGCACCACUUGACCUUGCUUCUAAACAGCAUCUGGUUCUUAUUUGAGCGCUCUGCAUUCAAAAUAAUGCUGAUUCACUGUUUACCUAUAGCCAGUCGGUGUAAUGCACAGUUAUUAUCUGCAGUUUAUUCUUGUUGUUUUGUCUGGAGUAUUAAAAACAACUUUAUUGACAGUACAGCCACUCAUCUUUAACAAUUUAAACUACCUCUGUUUUUGCCUUUGAGGAUAAACGCAGUAAUACCGCAACAUUUAAAUACAUGUACAUUUGUUAUGUUUUUUUCUAGACGUCAUGUCGAUAUAACCUUGAUUUAUUUGAUCAUGUGUCAGUUAUCCAGACAUGGAUCGAGCCCGGUUCAUGGACAUCUUUGCUAAAAUUUUCUUUCUGUCUGAGAUGAGGCUUAAUCCAUGUCUGAGACGCUAGCUGUUAGAGUCUGACUACGAUGCAUUGUUAAUAUAUUUAUGCAUUUAGUCAAACCUCAUUAUUGUGUUUAAUAUGGAAACAUUUUAUGGAGGUAAAUAAAACAC